AUGCAUCUGCUGUCACGGUUCCGCUCCAAGGCGUCGACCGCUCUACUAUUACUUGUGGCGCAGGUAGUCUCGCAGACAGUUCCUUCGCCUAAUCUCGACAUCAAGUCCCUCGGGGAGGUCACUCUCGCCGGCGACUUCGACGCAAUCUCUCUCUACACGUCAAGCGGGCAAAAAGAAGGAUUCAAUGGCAAUGGCACGCAGUCGAUAUUGUCCCAACUACCGACCGGGGCAUUCGACAUUUUGUCCUCCACCGACGCAGGCAUCGAAGCACUCUGUCCGUUGGUGGUUAAUAGCACACUCAUGGGAAUCGUGGUUGCGGGUAAUUUCACCAGUGUCGGAGGAGUUGCAGCGCGAUCUCUGGCAUGGAUGAAUGCAACCACCCUCGAGGUCCAGGCGAUCGGUGGGGUGCAAGGAACAGUCUCCGCGCUCUAUUGUGAUGACGACAAUUCAAUGCUAUACGUUGGUGGUGCUUUUGAUGCGGGUAAUUCGACAAAUGCAAUUGGAUGGGCGGCCGGUGGCUGGUCCAGCUUGCCCUUCGCGGGUUUCGAUGGCCCGGUCAGCUCCAUCACCAAAGCUCCCAAUGGCCACAUCAUCUUUGGAGGUUCUUUCACGGGUCUGGGCAAUAUAUCGUCCAGUUCCUUGAAGAACCCCGAAUCUCAGGUGAUCAACCUUUCGACCGCCAAUGUCACCGCCCGCGGGAACACGAGCACGGCAGGCUUGGGAGAUCCGAGGAACAUUGUUUGUCCAUCGAAUAGCUCGGAUGGGUCAUCCGACUUUUUGCUGGCUGACAAUACUGCCGGUAGUUGGAGCGCGGAUCUGGCAUUUGGUUUCGAGCCCACCAAGCUCCGACUGUGGCAGACAAGUCAGAGCGGAAAAGGCACAAAGACGUGGCGAUUCACCGCACACCCGCUCGAUGGCAUCCUCAACUUCACCACCACCGACCCCGCUACCGGAGAUCUCACUUCCUGCUCGUCAACAUGUCCGCUAGCAGAGUACAACGCGUCACAGCCGUACCAAGACUUUUAUUUCGUUAAUCUGGUAGGGAUGAACAGCUUCACCAUUGACAUCUCGGCUUGGUACGGUGAUGGGGCUGGCCUCGGAGGGAUUGAGCUCUUUCAAACCGACAUCUUCUCUUACGCCAUUGAGGCCUUUAACGAACCCACCUGCGAGACCACGGGCAUUCGAUCUGAAGCAACCGCGACUGGGUCUUGGUAUACGACUCCGUCCAGAGAAAGUGUGUCCGACUAUCUCACAGUUGUGGUCGGUCCCACAACUGUUGACACCACGCUCAUAGUUUUCGAACCCGAUGUACAGCAGAGUGGGAAUUACUCCGUCAUUGUCUAUACCCCUGGCUGUCUACAGGAUAGCUCGUGCUCAGCACGCGCCAUUGUUAACGUCACUGGCAGCCUGACAGAGGAUGGAAAACAGUCCUUCGGCACAACAAUUUUCCAAACCAACGAUUUUGACAAGUACGACAUAGUUUAUCAAGGGUAUGUGGAUGCCACCACAACAUCUUUUCGACCAUCCGUGACGCUCAGACCAUCAGGCCAACAGGCUGCGCAAUUGGUUGUCGCGUCGCGAGUCAAGUUCGGCUUCACCUCGACAACCGGCGGUUUAAAUGGCCUGUUCGACUAUGAUCCCAACAACCACACUAUCGACUAUGCCACUGCCGACUUCUCUAAAUCUGCUAUUAACAACGCCGGCACCACGCUCAAACCAAAUGCGAAUGUUUUGGCGCUGGCGACCCGUGAUAACACCAUUUAUGCAGCGGGUCGGUUCUCCGACGAUGUCUUUGAGAAUAUCAUGGCUUUCCACAAUAACAGUCCUUCUUCUUUGCCCGACGGUGGUCUCAACGCCGCUGUGAACGACAUGUACAGCUUGGAUGACUUUUUGUAUGUGGGAGGCAAUUUCACCAACACUGCCCAGGGCAACGUGGAUGGACUGAGCAACGUCGCCGCAUAUCAAUAUUCAAAGGAUGCAUGGGUUCCACUGGGCGCCGGACUCGAUGGGCCAGUGGAAGCAGUCGAGCCAAUGCAACUUAAUAUCUCUCAGAGUGGUGGUCCAGAGACAGUGAUCGCCUUCAGCGGCUCUUUCACGCGGAUUCUCGCGUCUGGCUCUAAUUCUGUAUCUCGGGUGGGCGGCUUGGCGAUCUGGGUUCCCUCCAAGAGUGGCUGGCUGGCAAACCUCGACGUACCCAAGGAGGCUUUGGCCGGUCAACUGUAUGCGGCGACAUUUCUGCCGAACCAAACUUGGCUCGGGGCGGGAACACUCAACUCCCUUGGAAUGGCCAUCAGCGGCGCUGCUGGCCUUCAGUCUCAGUCCGGUGGUCAGGUCGCACUUUCGCGACUGCCCGUCGAUAUCACGCCAAGCGAUGUUCAGUCUAGCACGACAAAACGUGCUGUACAAGUUACGCAGAAUGUGACUGGUGUAACCACAGGGCUCUAUUACACUGGCAAUGGACAAAAUGUGACCAUCAUGGGAGGACACUUCACUGCAACUGCAACUGGUGGAUCCAUCAUCGAGAAUCUCAUGUUCCUGAAUGGGUCCAAUAACAACCGAGUGUCGGGACCUCCCGCAGGUAUGGAUGCCAGUUCUACCGUCCUGGCUCUAGGCCUUUCCGAAAACAUUCUCUUUGCUGGUGGGACCAUUUCCGGGCGUGUCGAGAAUACCGACAUCAACGGUCUGGUUCUGUACGACAUGAGUGCCGCGGCGUAUCGCGCGAUCCAACCAGCGUCAUUGCAAGGAGACAACAACGUGGCAGUCAAUGCUAUAGCUCCACGGUCAGGGACAACAGCGGUGUAUGUGGGUGGUUCAUUUGACCGGACAUCCCAAGAUCUCUCCUGUCCGGUUGUUUGCAUGUAUGACACCUCAACGAGUCAGUGGAAUACAGUGGGGACUGGAUUGCAAGGCACCGUGUCGUCUCUGUUCUGGAGGACUGGUUCAGAUCUUCUGGCAGCUGGCGAUCUGAAGGUCCAAGGCAACCAGACCUCGCUUGCGAAUUACAACACUGGCAGUCAAACAUGGUCUGUCUAUGACAUUGCCGGUAUUCCUGGACCGGUCACGGCAUUCUGUCCUGCCACAACCGAUGCGAAUCAGAUGUGGGUAGCAGGUACGGCCAAUAACGGGUCGACAUUUUUGGUCGAGAUCGACGGAAUCAAUGUGAGACCGGUUGCGGAUGCCUUUGACGGUGGUACUACCAUCCGAGGUCUGCAGAUAAUGCCUUUGACUAAAGACCAUGGUUCGACCCCAUACCUGGACAACGAUUAUGCCUUGCUGGUAACGGGCCAACUGAAGAUCACUGGUUUCGGAAACGCAGCCGCAGCAUUGUUCAAUGGCACCCAUAUGGAACCUUUUGUACUGGCUUCGACAGCGGAUGGAAGCCCUGGCAGCAUAGCCCAAGUGUUCUCCUCCCAUACCAACGUUCUCAGAUCAAGUGAAGGUGGCCAUUCCCUCGGAAUAGUCAUUCUUGUUGCCCUCUGUGCCGCAUUAGGCACCAUCUUCCUGAUAAUAUUAAUCGGCAUCAUCCUGAACUACAUUCAAAGAAAGCGCGCUGGGUACAAGAGCGUUCCCAGUGUCCCUUACACGGACAAACAUUCCAACAUCCAUCGGGUGCCUCCCGAAGCUCUAUUGGGCAAUCUCGGAUCGAAACCUGGAGUACCUGCGGUGUGA